GCCAACCAACAAUGCUCAAGCAGAAGACAAAUUCAGGAAUGGCGCUGCCCUUGAUUAGGACAAUUCGCCAAAAUAUUUGUUUGUAUCCUCGUUGGCUAGCUUCAUCAUAUUUCACAACAGCACGUAUAAUAAUGAAUAACAAGUCUGCUAGCGUCGAUGAAACUUUGUCAAAAAACCCCUUUUACGAAAAAUAUGCGUCAAAAAUAACAACUCUACAACAGAAUGAUCCGCAGAAGUUGGCAGAAAAACUAGAGCAAUUAACUACAAGUUCAAAAGCUGUUUCUUCUAAAUUGCCCCCAAGUGAUUAUAGCUCGAAGUUCUCUACUGCUGCUCCCUCUGCUAAGCAACCAGAAGGUCAAAAUUCAAAAGCCAGAUUCAUGCAAAGUAAAGUCAAACUUUUGAGUGAAAUAAUGAAGACUGAGCUCUUGGAAGAUAAAGAUUUUGAAGAAAUUAAGCAAAUAUGGCAUGAAUACUUCAAAAACAAAAUUACAGUAUCAGGAGUGCUCACCAAAACAAUUUAUGAUGAACUUCACUCACGAGCAAUGCAAUAUUCUACAUUUCUUUUUCCUCUACCAAGAGAUGAGGGAUAUGAAUUCCUGCUAUGCCAGUUUGCAGGAAAUGAGGCUCAUUUUACUUCAUUAAUAAAUUUUCAGCAGACUUACGGUGAAAACGCACCCGAAUGCUUGGCACUGGUGUUCUUUCCCGAUUUAUCAAACGAGAAAAACAUCGUAUUGUUCCGUGGAGACUACGAUAAGAAUAUCUUGAAUGCCAUUGAAGCUCAAUGUUUAGUCAAUCAAGUGAUACUCUACUACGCCCAGCCAAAUGAGAGAAAACUUAAGCUUCUUGAGCGUUUCAACAAAGAACCGGAAACUUUUCAACAUCUGGAAUUAGUGCAGGAACUUGAGACAAUCAAAUUAGAUUGACGUUCAUAAAUCUAACAUGUACAUUGACGGGAACGAACUGCGCACGUCUCUGUGCUCGGAACUUCUUUUCGCUGUUGAGGUAAAUAAAUUUGUGGUAUGCCCCAAACCCAUAAAUGCCCGUCGUGAGUCACAUUAGGCGUUGGGUACAACACGAUUUUAUCGUUGCUUGAUCUGUUCAUACCCAAAAGAGGAAUUAUGAAUAGACAUCUCCUUCGUCAGAAGGUCAUAUGUAGUAUA